UGCUAUGACCCAGAUAGAUUGAUCACGAACGAGACAUCGUGUAUACCGCUACUAUCAUCAAUCUAAAAUACAAGUCGCUGCUACAUACAUGUUUAUGAAAAACGACGUCCAAGAGCGUUUGCUAAACUAGAAAACAUUUGUAUCUUCUUUUACAAGAUAAGCUAUGGGAGGCCACGGAGGUCUGAACAUUCUCCCUCAGAAGCGUUGGAACGUAUACAAUUUCGACAACCGAGAAAAAGUCCGCAAAGACGAAGAAGAGGCAGCCAAAGAAGAGCAGCUCAAGCGCGAACAAUCUCGCAAGCGCGACACCGAGUUCCGAAUCGAACAACUUCGACAAGCCCGCGGCUUAGCUUCAGCCUCUGCCUCUGCUUCCUCGUCACGCAAACCCACCGCCGUUGAACCAGAGUCAGUACCGUCACCCAAAGCUGAACCCGAGCCGGAGUUGGAGCCGAAGUCCAAGCAUAUUAAUCUGUUUGAGGGAAUCAAGAUUCUUGAUCCGGUUGAGAUUGUCGACAAGAGUAAAAGUAAAUUCAGUGAUGAGAAUAGGAAGGGGUUUAAGCGGAUGAAGAAAGAGGCGGAGGCGCCGAAGGUGGUUUUGCCAGAGGACGAGAAGUAUCGGUUAGGGUACGGAGUGGCGGGAAAAGGCGUAAAGUUACCGUGGUACAUGGAAAAGCGCGCAAAUGGUGAUGCGAAAGGAGUUGAUAAUAAUGAUGAUGACGGUGGUUCAGAGACGGUUACCAAGAGUAAUAGAAAGAAGAGUGUGGCGGAACUUAGGGAAGAGAGGUUGAAACGAGAGGGGAGGGAGAAGGAACGCGUACGAGCGUUGAUGCAACAGAAGGGGCGACGUGGGGCGUCAGUUCAGAAUGACAGAGGAUAUUCAAGAAGAGACUCCUGGAAGUGAUUGUUUUAAGUUUCAGUUAAUGUUUUGCUCUCUGCAGUAUAUUCUGUGAGAUAACGCCUGCAUUGUAAACACUUAGACCAUACGUAAUGGGGCGUUUUUUUUUUUUAAAUUUUUGCCC